GCCAUAUUUUGGAUUUGUAUGUCUUCGCGACCGAAACGAUGCAAAUAUAUUUAAGGACUAUUAAAACGAAGUUUGCGUCAUGAGCGAACUGAGCUAUCAGGCUAUCCGAACGGCAAAUCAAGCAAGAGAAGCUGAUGAAGUCAAAACUGAAUCUCGAAAGAAGAAUCUGUUAAUUCUUGUUUUGCACUACCUAUCUGAAGAAGGUUACCUCGAGUCGGCCAACAGUUUAUCGAAAGAGACGAACCUUGACCUCACUCGCUAUGAAGUGUGUGACAACAUCGACCUCAACACCAUCCUCAUGGAGUACGAGUCGUACUAUUACGUCAAGUUCAGCCGCUAUCCCAAGGUCACAAAGAAACUCACACAGAGCGUUUUACCUGGCCGCAGCAUACAAACUGCAUCUGGUGAAAGAAGACAAAACACAGCGAAGCUGACACGAUCAACCAGUGUAAAGAAUAACGUGCCUUCAUUACCAAAGAUUCCACAAGGGUCACAAGGCACCAGCCCCCCUCCAACCUUACCCCCACGCCCACAGUCGGGGAGGGGGAAAAGAACCGUGCAAUCUUCUUCAGUAAGACGCCAAGUGGUGAACGCAUCAGUCAGCAAUGGCAAUUUGCCGGUGACUAAUGGGACGAUGGCCAACGGAGAUCCAGGCACCCUCACCCUGCAUGGUCUCACCGUGUCCAGUAUCCCUCACAGUACCACCGCACACGACAGCACGCCCGCCGAGAGCCCACAUAAGGCAUUUAAACCUGGCAGGAACGGCCAGAUUAUUGACAUCCGUGCAAUGAUCAACGAUGCAACGAAGAUGAAUGCUGAGGAAGGUGUUGAUUCGUCUGAUCGACUGUUGAAACCACUGGGAGGGUACGUUGGUUACAGCAGUGAAAUGAGAGAACUUGCUCAAGUUAUCAGUAGGGAGAUUUAUCACGAAAACCCGAAUGUGAAAUGGGAUGACAUUAUUGGGUUGGAUGAAGCUAAACGACUGGUCAAGGAAGCAGUUGUGUAUCCCAUCAAGUAUCCACAGUUCUUCAAGGGUAUACUGUCACCAUGGAAAGGUCUUCUCCUGUAUGGGCCUCCAGGUACAGGCAAAACCCUGCUAGCUAAGGCUGUGGCGACAGAAUGUCAGACAACAUUUUUCAACAUCUCAGCGUCGAGCAUCGUAAGCAAGUGGCGAGGAGACUCGGAGAAACUCGUGCGGGUUCUGUUUGAGCUGGCACGUUUCCAUGCACCGUCCACAAUAUUUUUAGAUGAACUGGAAUCUUUAAUGAGUCAGCGGGGGUCACAAGGGGGAGGAACUGAACAUGAAGGAAGUCGACGAAUGAAGACGGAAAUUCUUGUUCAGAUGGACGGACUGGCUAAGACUGAUGAUCUUGUGUUUCUGCUGGCUGCGUCAAAUCUUCCUUGGGAGCUGGAUCAUGCGAUGUUGAGACGGCUGGAAAAAAGAAUCAUUGUUGGUUUGCCGACCCUGGAGGCUCGGAAAGCGAUGUUCAUACAUCACCUGCCUACAGUUGUUUGUUCACAGGACGGCAGUGGAUUAGAACUACUAGCUGAGCUGAAUUACGACUGUCUAGCGCAGAAAACAGAGGGCUACUCGGGGUCGGACAUCAGACUGGUGUGCAAAGAAGCGGCCAUGAGACCGGUGAGGAAGAUAUUCGACAUCUUGGAAAAUCUCUCCGAAGGCCAUGAGCUGCACGUGCAACUGGACACAAUUCGGACAGAGGAUGUGCUAUCGGCUCUAGAACGGACGAAACCUUCAGCAAAACACCUCUCUGGCAAGUUCCAAGCCUGGCAGAAGGAGUUCGAAUCAGUUUGAUGAAGACUCUAGUUGUAAAUGUCUUGUUUCGUCACAAAGAUUCAUAGAUCUUUCACAGCAGUUGUUCUGUUACGAGCGUCUUCGUCACAAAUGUCAUACAGCAGUGAUUUCUGUCAGAUGUGGUUUUGUUGGGCAGAUGUUUACUAACACGUUGUCCAGAAGCAGAUGUUUUGUGACAGAUGUCUGUAACGGACAUUAUGUAGGAAUUGUUUUAUUGGAAAUCUCUUGUAGCAGGACGUGAUUGUGUCUGUGAACUGUGCUUUAGAACAUGUGGCUGCUGUUUGAUUAACAACAUAUUUAUUGGACACUUUAACACAAAAUGAUUGGGCAUUCCAGCUUACUGGACCCUCUCAUAAACCGACAGUAUUAAAUAAGACUAUGAUAAUAUGAUUUUACCACACUCAAGGAUUAAUACCAACGAAAGAAGCACUUGAUUUGUCUGAAAAUGAAGUUAUGUGUAGGAAGAAACAAGACUUUAUCAUGCAACCAUACUCUUACUGUGACCUGGUAACACCUAUCUGAAGUGUUAUCACAUCACUGCCUGAUAGUGCCUGUAUUGCUAGCAUGAUAACUUUGGCAUUACUAUAUGUUAUCAGGUUACUAGGAAAUUAAUUCUUCGCACGACAGUGGGUUGAUUGCUCAUUUUUCAAACAUCCAAUUCCAGCAAUAAAAGUUGAACUGCAUAUUAAAUAAAUAUAACUUUUACCCUGCCUGUAACAUUGGAAUACCUUUUUCUUUUAAAUUCUCCCUCCUCCACUCCUAUUAAAAAUGAGCCAACUUUUUAAUUAAGUAUUUAAAUAAAAUAAAACAAUUGGCUUCGUGCAAAGAACAUUUACAUUCGAUGUCACAUGACCACCCAGAAGUAGUGACAUAUAAGCAAAGACGUAGAAAUGUUCAACAGCCAUUGACAUAGAUCUUGAAUCGGAGCCUAAAUAUGUUUAUUUUUACAGAAAAACAGUAAGAGAAUAUGGCAGGGCUCGACCUUAGCGAUAGCCCAGAAUAUUUUGGCUACCAGCUGUUUGCUCGGGCUACCAGAGGUCUAAACCUGGUAGUCCAGUUACUUGCGGUAUAUUUUUGAUUUAAAAAAAAACCCCUAAAAAAUGUCUAACUAAAAAAUAAAUGAUUUUAAUAUUUUCUCACAUUUUUUUUAAAGUUAAAAUUAUGGGGCUACCCAUUUUUAUUGGGGGCUACCAGAUUUUAUAACCUGGUAGCCCGUUUGGCUACUGCUGAAAAAAGUUACGGUCAAGGCCUGUAUGGAGUUGCAUGAUAAAAACAUUUGUUAUCGGGAUACUACAUUUUGAUAUUGAGUUGACUGGCUCACCUGUUACACUGUUUUCUAAAUCUUGCCAAAUAAACAUAUCAAAACGUAGUAACCUGAUACUGUAUGUAGUAAUGAAUCACAUUUAUUUUACUACAUUUAUUGAGCUUGCCAAGCACCAUUUGAGGAAAAUGAUUUCUAGCUUGCUUAAUUUGAUUUAUUCAUGGCAAAGACUUGAUUUGUUAGAAAUAGGUCUAGGUGUGCCACCAAGUAUGGCAGAUGGCUUUCUUAAAUUUACAAUUUUACACUUUUUCGUGAAUAACUCUUGAAUCGUUGAUUUAAAUUUAUGUGCAAUUCUAGACUCACAUUUUGUCGAGAUUAUAAGUGCUGGUUUCUUUUAAUUAUUUCUCUAAUGUAUUUGUAUGUUAAACUAUCAAUUAUUAUAAAUAACAUUUCACAGCCCAGGUUGAAAACAUCACUAGGCAUUCACCAUUUAUAAAAAAUUAUAUCUGAUGGCUGUAACUAAUUAUUAUCUAUUUAUUUAUUUAUUUUAAUUUCUUCACUACUUGUACUUGUGAAUAAUCAGUCAUAAAACCUAUGACAGGUUAAUAUGAGUUUAUGUACUUUGUUAAUGUUUUUGGGUUUUUUUUUUAUGAUUGAAAUGUUUGGAUUUAUAACUCAAGUUGUCUACUCCUGAAUUGGUCAGCCUUCUAAAUGUUAAACUUAAAGUGUAUACAAUUCAGUGACAAUCGGUUUCUUCCUUGUGUAUUACUCUCAUUGCAUUCAUAGCGUCUUAUGAAAUUGCAAGCUCCACUGUGAUAUUCCUGUUUUAAAAUUAGCAAUAUUCCAUCCAUUGGAUGUACCUCCAUUGUGUAUAUGUCUGUACCCGUCCUUACUGUAUAAGAUACAUCCUGGCUCAUAUUUAGUGUCCAACACUACAGAAAUUGCAAAAUCAGUUUCUGUGAUGUUAAUCUUGUGGCUAGAUGCUAAAUUUAAACCUGAAAACACACCGUACAGGGCUUAAGCAGAUCCCUGCCUUUACGUUCAACGACAUCGAGCAAAGCUAACAUACGCAGACUGUGUGAUUCCAAUGUAGCCAUUCGGUAUAAUGUGAAGUGCAUAAACCAGUUUAGCAAAUGUUUUUCUGCUUGGUCUGGUUGAACUUACUAGUUAGUCCAGGUUGUUUGUGUUUUAUGUCUGUAUGCACAUUUGUCUUCACAUAAAUAUUAUUGUUAUUAUGUGUUAACAACAUUCCGUCCGUAUAUGUUUUAUCAUCAGACUGCACUGCAUUCAUAGUUGAGUCAAAAUGAUUGCGAUAUUGUGUAAUUUUAUAUUAUUUAUAUUUUGUUAUAUUUUUUUCUAGACCAGUGUUUCUCAAACAUUUAUAUCUGAAGGAAUGUGGGGUUGUGGCUAAACAAUUUUAAAUGUCUGAGUAAGUGGCCAAACAUCUCAACAUUUUAUUGGGUAUGGUCGGGGGGGGGGGGGGGGGGGGGCCUGUCCCAAGAAUUUUGUAAUAAUUUAAAGCAUAUUAGUGCUACAUAAAAAAAAAAAAGUACUUGGUUGAAAGUACCAGGCUGUAAUUUUGAAUGAUGGGUAUCUAUGCGUGGCCUAACUACGACGUACUUCUUGAAUGGUAAAAUAUAACUGUUGUGCACAAUACACAGGUUGAUGACAAACAUUGGUCUACAUGACUAGAGUGAUAGUAAGCUUUUCACUUUACCUCUUUCACAUAUUCUAGUCCAUUUGCUGUUAUAAUAAUACUGUAGAUCUUGAAAUUAAUGCAGUCAUAAUAUUAAUGCGAAAAUGCAAGAGUGCGUUAUUCGCAUUAAUAAUAUUAUGCAUUUAUUUCUGUUUUGUGUGUGUCCCACGUUAUUAAAACAUAACCCUCAAAAAAUUAAAAUUGUAACAUGUUUAUAAAACAGAACUGGAAAAUAAUUCAUUGUAAGCGAGACAGACUAAUUGUUGAAUAGUCCAGCAAGGCAUGUGUCACACGCUAUUAAAACAAAGAUUAAAAUUCUAAUACAUUUAUAAAACAACUGGAACACAAUUCAUCGUAGACGAGACAGACUAAUUGUCCAAUAGUCAAGCAAGCUGCCAGCCACGUGUGACGAUUACAGGGUCUUUGGCCACCCUUUCAAAAGUCAACACGAUGGUAUAUAGUACAUGUAUCCUAAUGUUUAGCCAGAUUUAGGUAACUAAACACACUAUGUAAAUGAGUUCCGCAAACUUAUGCUUGAGUUGAUCUUAUCAAAAACAAUAGGACUAAACAGGUUAACUGAUGUGUACACAGAUGCUUGUAACUUGGAUUUAACUGAAAAGUACACAGACAUGUGGUGUUCCUGUUAGGAAAGUUAAUUAUAUGAUUUCCUCCGUUCUGAUUGGACGACAUCACUUAAAAACUAUGCUUACCUUUGAUAAACCUCAGAAGAUGACGUCAUUAGCCAACUGGGAUGUCAUUAUAUAAAACGAUCAUGAAAAGAACGUUAGAAACUGAUUUUUGUGUAUUUUUAACUAAAUAAAAGUGUUGUUUGUAAUUAUAAGAAUUGUUCAUAAAUAUUUUUAAAUUUAUCGAUGUAUAACGGUCACAAUUUGUGACCGUUAUACAUUGAUUAAAUUCACACAAAAACUACGAACAAUUCUUAUAUAAUUAAUCCAUUUGUCAGAAAAUAAAUAAGAACAAGUCAUCACAUUAUUUCUUUUGAAAUGGAUUGGAAUCUAACAGACUAGUUUUAUUUUUAUUUUAUGUUCAUUUCAGUCUGAACAAAUCUCUCUAUUUUACUGUUGGUAUUGAAGUUUAAAAAAAAAAAUACAUGUGUGUACUAUCAUUAAUAAACAGGAGUGCUUUAAUAUAAUUAACUUAUUUGUUUUAAGGCUUUAAACAUUUAUUAUGUUUACGACAAAAUGGGAGCCUCAGGUUACCGGAAACGUACACUUUUUUUCCAUGCCUAUACUCGAGUGCUUUCUUAUAUGUUAUUGUCAAUAAAACAAGAGAAUUGGUCACUCGAUUUGGUUUUAAGUUGCAGACUGUAACAUGUAUCUAAACUACGUCUGUUCAAAGAGUUGACAAAUAGUCAUUUGUAUAAAUAAAUAAUUUUACAUUUUCACAUACUUCCCAACGUGAUAUCCACCUCUACCAGUUUAACACUGAUGUAAAGGAGAGUUCAUACUUGUUACAUCAAAAUCCAGUGAUCAAUUCCUUUUAUGUGUUUCAAGUUUAAAGGUGCUAUAUCAUAGUUACAAGUGUCGGUGUUCACAAUAUAAUAUUUGUGACAGAUAACAACAAAUUAAUCAUAUAAUCCUUGCAUAAUUAACUGGGGGGGGGGGGGGGGGGGGGUAUGUCAAAAUUGAAAUGGGUUUUAAUGCUGUGUAAACAGUCAUGUUUAGUACAGAUAUAUUCCUCUCUUAACAAAUCUUUUUAACAAAAUCUAAUAUGUUGACUGUUAGUGGAUAGAUAGGGCAGUUUCAGACACGAGUUGUACAUACAGCCAAUUUGUCAGCAACAUCUUCUUGGCAUAACAUCGUGUUUACCUGAUUUAAAUGUGCCCUAAUUUUGUCAGCAACAUCUUCUUGGCAUAACAUCGUGUUUACCUCAUUUAAAUGUGCCCUAAUUGUAUCGGUUGUCAUCUGAAGAUUUUCCAGUAACUUUUGUAGUUUUCUACCAGUAAAUUAAAUUAUUUUGUUCUAAUUUUUGCAUAGGCAUAUAGCCUAAUUAAAGCUACAUUUUGUAUGUUUAAUAUUUCAAAGCAAAAGUUUAUCAAUAAUUUUGACAGAAAAAGUUAGUUUGUUUUGUUUAGUGACACCACUAGAGCACAUCAAUUUAUUCAUCAUUGGCUACUGGAUGUUAAAAUUUUUGUAAUUUUUAGUCUUUAAGACAUAGGCCUAAUUAAAGCUACAUUUUUGUUUUUAGUUGUAAGGGAUUUUUUAUAUGCACCGUUCCACAGAUAAGAUAGCACAUACCAUGGACUCAGUCGUGGUGCACUGGUUGGAACAAGAAAUAGCCCAGUGGGUCCACCGAUGGGGAUACACAUCAGGCAAACUACCAAUGGGCUAUGUCUCGCUCCCCCUUUGACAGAAAGCCUCCAUUAUGAAACUUUGAGAUAGCACCUUUAAUAUGCUCAAUUAUGUAUAUAGAAUGGCUCUCACAGAUAUAUACAUGUGGUAUUCCAUAUCCAGCAAAGCGAGUCUGGUCUUUUAUAGCAUGCAUCCAGCAAAUUGAAUUGAGUCUUUCUUUGAUGUUGUAUAUGCAGAUAAUUAUAUGUAUUACAGAGUAUGAAAAUAUAACGAUUUUAAAACUCCAA